AUGCCCACCGCGCCGUCGGUCGCGUCCGGCGCCUCCGUUGGCCAUUCCGAAACCCGCACGUGCGGCGCCUCGUUCCCACUCGCGCAGAUGGCGUUCCCGUUCAGUGGCGAGUGGACGCCGCGCAAGACGCCGUCCACGUCGUCCGGCGCUUCGGCCCCAAUGCCCACCGCGCAGCGCCCGCACAGCCACAGCCACUACAGCACUAGCAACAACCGCACGAACGACGUCGCUACCGGUCCGAUGGCUGCGCUCAUAGGUCCGCGCCCGACCACUGCCGCUGAGCCGACCGACAGUCGCAAUGUGGCGCGACGACUGCGCCGGCAGGUUCCGCACCAGCCCAUCGCCCAGUUGGAACACCACUACCACCAGCGCCAACAGCAGCAGCAGCAGCGUCCGCGACUCGGGACGACUGCUACAGCGAUAGCGUGCGGACCUUCUGCUGCGUCGUUGUCGUCGUCGUCGUCGGCGGCGGCGGCUGUGGCGCUCAGGACACUGCGAGAACUGUCGACGUCGACUGUGACCUGCGGCGCACUGGAGACGUCCGCCGUGCAAAGCCACCGGAGCGUUCGCGCGGGGACCGACUCGCGCAGCGGCAGUCGCGAGCGCCACGAGCCCACCGCUCGUGCGUGCGCAGACAGUGCGAAGCGCACGCCGUACGAGCAGUGGCGCCGCCUGAAGCGCGCGCGCACGGCGAGUGGCAACAGCUGCGCGAGCACGAGCAGCUCCAGCAGCUUUGCGUCGUACGUGGUGAACCCGCAGACGGGACGACACGACUUUGGACUGAGCAGUGGGGACGACGACGACGUCGACAGUGUCACGAGUGGCGUUGACGAGGCGACGGACGGCCACGAGGCACAAGAAGAGCGGCCGCUGUCGUCGUCUGUGCUGCAGCAGAUCGUUGCGCCGUCGCUGCCGCCGCCGCCGUAUCCAGUGGACCCGUACCAUUUCUACUGCAAAGCCACGGGCACGACGACGGGCGCGCGGACGGCCACGGCGCACGUGACGUCGCUGCUCGCGGCGCUGUUUACCGAUUGCGGCAUUGAAGCCAUUUUCCACCCGCUCAAGUGCAAGUUCAAGUGCCUCAAGUACGUGCACUACAGCCACGUGGAGUUUGUCGCACGCGUGUACGCCCACGCGCGCACGCUGCUUGUGGAAUUCCAGCGCCGCAGCGGCAGUGUCUUGCUCUGGGACGGACUGUACCGCAUCUUGCAUCAGAAGUUGGUGGUCAUUGUCGACCCCGCCGCACUGCCGUGCCCGCAGAGCAGCGGUCAAAAACGGGUGGCGCGGAACAGUGUGUCGUCGGCCUUGAGAGAUCGGGCGGUUGGGCCACCGCAUCGCGACAGGGCAUCUACUUUGACGCCAUCGCAGUCUGUCGACCAUGGCACACGGAUCUGGCGAGCACUGUCACUGAAGAAGCCGACGCCCAGCUCGGGCGUGGAAGCGAUGAAGAUCAUGCUCACGUCUCGGUGCCUCGAUGCCAUGCGCGAAGGGUGUGCUGGGCUUGCAGAGCUGACGGAAGACGUGCAGAACUCGUGUCUUGUUGCCCACGCGGAGCUGGUGGUACCGUUGAUUCAAGCGGUCGAAGCUACGGACCUUGGCAUGUCGCGGUGUGCCAUUGGUGCUCUCGCGAAUAUUGCGUGCGCCGUGCCACGGUUUCCAGAGACCGAACUGGUACUGGCACAGCGCACAGCGCAGCAGCUUCGGAUGCAGGCGAUACCGGUGGUGCUCGCGCAAGUUGAGCACGCGAACAAGCAGUCGCUGUUUUCCAUUGAGCUGCUGCGGGAAUGCGCUCGAGCACUUGGAGCGUUUGCUCGAUUGGUGUCGGAAGUUGAGUCGGCGGCGCUCGCUGCGUCCAGUGUACACGAUGAACGUUGCGUGCGCGUUCUUCGUCUGUACGCCAAGCAUCGGGACGCUCAGCUUGCUUCCCAUUGUCGCGCGGCUUUGGAGCAGCUGUAUCGGAACGUGUCGAGUUUGCGCUGUAGUAUAGCAAAUAAGUAA